GACUGCUCGGAAUCCAGUGCCAACCCCGACAUACAACAUCUGGGAACGUAAUACAAAGGAGCUACUCUUUGACACUCGAGCCCACUUGCAGCCAUGGACUCGCCUGAAGUUCUUGACACAGCGACGGACCCAGUGCGCUAUUCUGGUGGCAGGAAACCAGCCGUUGAGAUCACCAAAGGUGAGGAAGGAGCCGGUAGUGGAGCUAUUGUCAAGCAGCGAGCCGGCAAGGAGCAAAAAGUCAAAGGAGCAGCUAAGGAGAAGAGACCGCUCGGUCCGUGUACGCUCGAAGUCACCCUCAACCUCGUCAGCACGCUGACUACGAGUGCUGCAAGAAGCUAGAUGUGACGCUCAUGCUUACCCUUUGACGGCAGAACCAAAGCUGUAGAGAUCGGCGUGAUCAUCGCUUACAUUGUUGAUAGGAUGACAACGGCCACCAACCACAAGGAGCCACUCUAGCUUACAGAACUCAUCACGGGUCAGACAGGCAGUGGAGUCGAGAUUGUCACGCAACAGCUGUUUAUGAAAAAGAGUGAUCCGAAAGCCAAGUUCACAAACAACGGCUUCUAAGUUAGCGAGGACAGAUUCUGCCAUCUCGACACACUGAAGCUGCGAAGAGGUACCAGGGGCAAGGACUAAGCGAUCUCGUCCUGUAAACCUUCCACAGGCUGCUUUGCUGGC